UCAAACGAGUUUCUUCUUCAUCAACACAUGGCCAGUGCCUGCAAAUAUUUAUCUUGUUUAACUUCAGCCUAACGGCAUUUUUAGGCGUUUGUCUAUUUUAAUUCCUCUGCCAAAUGAAAGUUAAAGUCCUCUCGAGGAACCCGGACGAUUAUGUCCGGGAGACCAAACUAGAUAUUCAGCGUGUUCCUAGGAACUAUGACCCAGCACUCCAUCCGUUUGAGGUGACUAGAGAGUACACCCGGGCUCUGAAUGCCUCUAAGCUUGAGAGGGUGUUUGCCAAGCCUUUCCUGGCCUCUCUAGAUGGACAUAGAGAUGGGGUAAACUGCAUGGCCAAGCACACCAAGAGCCUCUCCACCCUGCUCUCUGGCUCCUGCGACGGAGAGGUUAAAGUGUGGAAUCUAACCAAACAUGAAUGUGUCCGCACACUCCAAGCACAUGAAGGUUUUGUCCGUGGAAUGGUUGUCCGCCAUUGUGGAUCAUCCUUCUUCACGGUCGGUGAUGACAAAACAAUAAAGCAAUGGAAAAUGGAGGCACCAGGUUAUGGAGAGGAAGAGGAGCCACUCAACACUAUUCUGGGCAAGACCGUUUUUACAGGACUAGACCAUCACCAGAGUGAGGCUGUGUUUGCAACAUGUGGCCAGCAGGUGGACAUCUGGGACGAGCAGAGGAGCAGUCCAAUCCGCUCUUUCACGUGGGGCGUAGACAGCUUCAGCGCUGUCCGCUUCAACCCUGUGGAAACUGAACUUCUUGCAAGCUGUGCCUCUGACAGAAGUAUAGUACUGUAUGACAUGAGAGAAUCAGCACCACUUAAAAAGGUCAUUAUGACAAUGAGGAGCAACACAGUAUGCUGGAACCCUAUGGAAGCCUAUCACUUCACAUGUUCAAAUGAAGACUACAACCUCUACACAUAUGACAUGAGGUACCUGGACCGGCCAGUCACAGUGCACAUGGACCAUGUGUCUGCAGUGCUGGAUGUGGACUAUUCUCCAACUGGGAAGGAGUUUGUAUCUGCCAGUUUUGACAAAACCAUUCGCAUCUUCCCCAAGGACGCUGGCCACAGCAGGGAAGUCUACCACACCAAACGCAUGCAGCAUGUCAUCUGCAUAAAGUGGUCAUUAGACAACAAAUACAUCCUGAGUGGUUCUGAUGAAAUGAACAUCCGACUCUGGAAGGCCAACGCAGCUGAGAAGCUUGGGGUGAUGGCCCCCAGAGAGAGGGAGGCUGCUAACUACAAUCAGAAGCUGAAGGAGAAGUUCCAGCACCACCCGCAGAUCAGACGUAUCUCUCGUCAUCGACACCUACCCAAGAACAUCUACCACCAGACCAAGGAGCUGAGGAUUAUGAAAGAGGCUCGCCGUAGGAAGGAGAGGAAUGUCCGCAAGCACAGCAAGCCUGGAACUGUUCCUGUGGUGACUGAGAAGGAGAAGCAUGUUGUGACUGUGGUCAAAUAGGCAGAGCAGAAGGAGAGAACAGGAGACCAAGUGGCUCCAUCAAGAGAUGAGGUGGAGCCCAAGAUCACACCUACAUGGGACAUGCUCAGACUACUCUCACUUAAGAACUGGGAAAAAAAAAAGUUUUAGUUUGUCAGUGUGGGAAGGACAAGUGACCAGUUCUGCAUCGUUUGAAGUACAAGGACACAGACUGUUAAUACAUACAAACAUUAAAUCUUGUUGACAAUUAUUUCUGCCAAGAAGGCAAAGCUCAGCUGUACUUUUCACUGUGCCGUUGUUGCAGGAAUACCUUACACAUAGUACUAUUUUUCCUGUAUUUGAGUGACUAAUGACACAUUUUUCCUUGAGCAAGUGUGUAUUUUUUAUCACAAGAUCCACGACAAUUUUGGAAGUUAAGAACAGAAUAAAUUAAUCCAAUAUUUAAAAAAUGUUGCAUGAUUUGGUACCUUCUUGCAGCAUGUUUUCAGUGUGGUUUCACAUGAUACAGUUUUUCUAUGAAUGAUGUGCAAGAGUUGUGCUGUAGUUGAUUAUUAAAACUACCACAGGUGGCAUAUAACUUUCAGUAUGCUUCGAAUAACUUGUCAUCCAACAGCUUUGAGAGGGGGAAGUGUUCUGUUUGGAUUGGCCACACUCAAAGGCCUGUGGAAAAGCCUGCUGUCAUAGCCUCAUCCUAACUGUAUCCAUGUUCGCUUUUUAAGAAGUCUGUCUCUUUUGGAUGUCUUUAUGGAUGUCAAUAUUGCACACAUUAGGACAGUCUUUCCAUGAUCCAGCUUCUCUGAGAGUGAAGUUUAAAUCCCUUCUUUGUUUCUACUACACACCCGAGCAAUCGCUCUGUAAAGUGUCUGUGAUUUCUGUAUGUUUUAGUAAGUUCCAAAAAUUGUCAAUGUCUGAAAAUCGGACAAAUCUUUCCUUUAAAGCAUAUUCAUGCCUUUAGAAAAAUUAGAAAGUGUUGUAUAUCAACAGAAGUGACCAUUUAAAGUUUACUUUUAGCCAUUGUACUGGACAUGCUACCAAAAUCUUUCCAUGUUGCCCCUCAGUUUUGAACCAACACUCUUAUUUGCUGAU